AUGGCGGGCGGCGAUCGGGAGCGGGACGCGGAGGAGGAUACGCGGAACCAGAUGAUGCAGAACCUCUUCGGGGACCAGUCGGAGGACGAGGACGACGCGGACGACGACGACGACGUCGUCGAGGUCGUCGAUGAGGACGACGGCCACCAGCAACAGCUGCAGUCGCCCCCGCAACACCACCAGGAGCUGGAAGACGACGAGGAGGACGACGCCCGCAGCCACGCGCACGCACGCCACGGCGGAUACCACUCCGAAGAAGUGGAUGGCGAGGCAGAGAAUGGAGGGGAAGGUGAAGGCGAAAGUGAGGGGCAAGUUGGAAUGGAAGAGGAAAGUGAAGGUGAAGCUCAUCGUGCCGAUCUUGAUCAAGGAGAAAGUGGUGGGGACAAAGUCCACAGCUCCCCAGAAAGAGAGCUCGAUGACCAGAGGAUGGAACCUGAUGCAAGAGGAAUGGAUAGUGAAGAUGAAGGCUACCAGCAGAGGACAGUAUCUAGCAGAAGAAGGGGAGUUGUUGCCUCUGAAUCGGAGGGAUCUGAAGAUAAUUACUAUGCUGAUGGAGCUCAAGAAGAUGAGGAACCUUGCCAAACAAGGAAACAAAGCUCUCCAAUGGAGGAAGAAAGAGAUCAUGAAGUAGUUCGCGAUGUGUUUGAGAAACCAGUCUGUCCACCGCUAGACUUGGUGGUUCCAUUUAAGCAACCACCAGCUGAACCUGACAAAAUGAAUGUGAUCAAGGUAUCAAACAUUAUGGGGAUCGACCCUAAACCCUUUGAUCCAAAAACAUAUGUGGAAGAAGAUGCUUUUGUUACAGAUGAAUCUGGGACUAAGAAAAGGAUACGGCUAGAGGACAAUAUUGUGCGGUGGAGAACCGUUAGGAAUGCAGAUGGCACUACAUCUUAUGAAAGCAAUGCACGCUUUGUAAAAUGGAAGGAUGGAAGUAUGCAGCUUCUGAUUGGCAAUGAGGUUCUUGAUAUAUCUGUACAUGAGGCGCAUCAUGACCAGUCCCAUCUGUUUUUGAGGCAUGGGAAGGGAAUUCUACAAUCACAAGGAAGGCUUUUGCACAAAAUCUGGCUCUCCGGAAUCAGGGGAUUCACCACUGGAAUCACAGUGUCCACCCUUGACAAGUACUCAGGUAGAGAUUCCCAAUUGACGAGUGGAUAUCCCCAGGUUUCAAUCGAAGAUUUCCUUGAUGUCUUUGAUCCCAAUGCAGCUGGAAUGCGCAUGAGUUUCUCUUCAUCUGAAACACUUGUCCCAAGGAGCCAAGAUGCUGACCUCCCAGCAACUGUGACUACUGUGAAGAAUCCUAACCCUAAGGUAGUUUAUGAUGAGUACAACAAUGAAAGAUAUUCUCCUGGAGAUCCCAGCAAGCGUGGCUUUGCUUACUUUGCCCUGAAUGGUGGGAGGUUCAUAUACUGUGUCUCCUCAUAUUGA